AAAACCACACAUUUACUUGACAGAUGUAUGGCAGUCAGUCUAUUUAUGCUACUUUUGAACGAGGUGCAUACUGCGUUACUGCCGAUUACACACUGACAAACGAUGGAUCUGGUCAUAUAACCGUAUUGAAUUCUGAGCGCCUAAACUCUGCCACUGGACCUCUAAAGGUUAUUCAUGGAUAUGCCACUCCUAGUGGUACCCCUGGAAAACUUACAGUUCAUUUGGAGACUGUCAUAUUUGACGCCCCUUAUUGGGUGAUCAAGCUUGGACCAGAUACAUAUGGCAGUGACAAUAAAUACCAAUACGCUAUCGUCAGCGACAAUGUCAAGGCUACACUCUUUGUGCUCGCCCGUGACCCGGAAGUGUUUAAAAGAGACUAUGAGGCCGAGGUUCUACAAUUUUUACAGGAGAAAGGUUUUACAACUAUAGUUAACAAGCCAGUUAAAACUUAUCAUGAAAGUGAUUGUACAUAUAAUGAUCAACAUCAAUAG